UCUCUCUCUCUCAGUCUCUCUCUUGGCAGAGCUGCCAUGUUCCGUGCAGUCUGUUCUUGCUCCGGUUUGCAGCCUCUGUGUCGGUUCCCGCGGCUCUGCCGGCAUCCCUGCGAGAUAUCUCCGUCGAAAUAUACGCAGGAACCCUGUCAACAGAGAGACGACAGGAUAAAGAGAGGGGGCGGGGGUUGGAAAUAAACAGAAAAUGCUCGAGGAUUGAAGGCCAGGAGGAGCCUGUCAUACUGAUAAUGCCUCGAGAAGAGAGUGACGUGCGACGGAAUGACUCGAUCAUCCCAUGUUUCAUCUGUGUUGAGUUGGUGAUUAUGGUCGGGACAGUCUUGCUCACCUACUACCUGGAAUUCACAGACAUCUUCUCAGUCCAUCGUCAAGGUUUCUUCUGUUUUGACAGCACCUACACAAAACCGUAUCCAGGACCAGAGGAAACCAGCCUGCUACCCCCAGUCUUGCUCCAGUCCCUGGCCUCUGCUGUCCCCAUGACAACAAUUGCUUUCGGCGAGUUAGCGGCGUUUGUCUUUCAGGCAGAGUUAGUUCGUGAGGAGAGAACGAUUGUGACCGCAGACUGCUGCUCCCUCAAUCCGCUGCUUCGCAGAGUCGUCAGGUUUUUGGGUGUCUAUGCAUUCGGCCUGUGUACCACUGACAUCUUCGUGAACGCUGGGCAAGUGGUGACAGGCAGCCCCGCGCCGCACUUCAUGACGGUGUGCCAGCCGAACUAUACUGCCCUGGGUUGCCAGCUCUCCACUCAAUUCAUCAGCUCGGAGAACGCCUGCACGGGGAGCCCAGGCGUCGUGUCCAGUGCAAGGCGUGCCUUCCCUUGCAAAGACUCUGCCCUCACAAUGUAUGCAGCGGUGUACACUGUGAUGUAUGUCACAAUUAUGUUCCAAGCCAAGGGUACACGUCUAACCAAGCCCAUGCUCUGUCUCACAAUCCUAUGCCUGACCUUUUUAACCGGAGUGGUGCGCGUGUCGGAGUUUCGGAGCCACUGGUCCGACGUCCUGGUGGGAUUCCUCACCGGUGGGGCAGUGGCAGUGUUUCUGGUGUGCUGUGUUCUGCAUAACUUUAAAAGCCUGAAUUCAUCCCAGGAGAAUCCAAGGAACGUGCGGGAACCGGUCUGUGUGAAGCUCGCACUCCCGUGUGUGGAGAGUCCACUUGAAAAGUUAAGUGUCAUUCAGAAUCGCUCAGUUGCAUUCUCAGAAGGUACGUGACCGAACUUCUGGCAUCUUCCCGUCCACACCGGAUGUCCUGAUCGCCACUCAGUCUGUGAUGAGCGAAGUCUGAGCGACAGACCAAUCAGCAGGGCUGCAUGGAGUGUGUUUUGCAUGGUUUCCCUUCGUACAGCAGCAGUCUCAUCGUUUUAGAAUGGAGUCUUGUGAUUGUCAACUUUGUAGGAAUGUUUGCCUGGAAUAUUAUCUGUCUAUUUUUCUGGUUGGUUUUCAAACUCCCCAUUUUUGGAAAUUCAAUGUUGGCAGCUCAUCCACGGGGCAGUUGCUAACCCCAGUACAAACAGCUGGUGCACGUGUUUAUGUGUCAGACAUCACUGGAGUUAAAAACCAAUAGAGUUUUAUAUAAAAUCAUGAGGGGCAUGGAAAGGGUGAAUAGCCAAGUUAUUUUUCACAAUGUAGGGGAGUCCAAAACUUGAGAGUACAGGUUUAAGGUAGCAGGGGAAAGAUUUAAAAGGGUCCUGAGGAGCAACGUUUUCACACAGAGGGUGGUGCAUGUAUGGAAUGAGCAGCCAGAGGAAGUGCUGGAGGCUUUUACAGUUUCAACAUUUAUAAGGCGCAUGGAUGAGUUUACAAAUCAGAACGGUGUAGAGGAAUAUGGGCUAAAUGCUAGCAAAUAGAACUAGAUCAAGUGAGGAUGUCUGGUUGGCAUGGAUGAGUUGGACUGAAGAGUCUGCUUCUGUGAUGUACAACUCUGGGGAUCUGGGUUCGAUUCCCUUCCUGGCAGAUGAUGGAAUUUGAUUUCAAUUUUAAAAAAAAUUCUGGAAUUAAAAGUCUAACGAUGACCAUGAAUUGAUUGUCAGGGUCAAAAACCCCUAUGGUUCAAUCAUGUCCUUUAGGAAUGGAAACUGCCAUCCUUACCUGGUCCGGCCUACUUGUGACUCCAGAGCCACAACAAUAUUGACAAUGAACACUGGCCUAGCCAGCAAUGCCCACAUUCCAUACAUGAAUUUUAAAAAAAGCAUGAUCCCGAGUGGCACAACUCCAAAUAAAAUUAACUGCAGCUUCUGGGUUCAGAAAUUGUGUAACAUCAGGAUAACAGAAAGCAAGGUUCUGAGGAGAACGUGUAUGAUGUGGGGCAGUGCGGGAUCACAGUGAGACUUAAUGUUUUCACCUCAACCGCUUUCUGUGUCAGCGAAUUCCACAAGCUCCCUACCCUCCUGGUGAAGACAUUUCUCCUCAUCUCAGUCCUACCCCAUAUCAUAGACUGUGAUCCCCCUGGUUCAGGCCUCCCCCCAGUAAUCAGAAACAUCCUUCCUGUGUUUACCUUGUCUCAUCCAGUUAGAAUGAUGGGUUUCUGUGAGAUGGCUCCCUCAUUCUUCAAAGCGCCAGUAAAUAUAAUCCUCACCAAUCAAGCCUCUCAUCAUACUUCAAUCCUGCCAUCCCAGGGAUCAGUGCACUCCCUCAAUCGUCAGAACAUCCUUCCUCAGAGAAUUAUCAAAUCAGCCUUGGAUUGUAUUGAAUGAUGGAGCAGACCAGACGGUUAAAAACACCUACUUCUGCUCUGAUGGUCUUAUCCAGCUUUGGGCUGCAGAUUAGAGACUGUCACAUCAGGCACAGAGCCCACAAUAUUGGUUUAAUUUUGUUUUUUUCUAACUGUUUGUACGUUAGCUUUUGGAAAUGAAUCCUUUGCACAAGCUGCCUCCUGAUGGCAACAGUUCACAGCCUCACCAGCAGGAAUGCACUCAAGGGCCACAUUUUCCAACCUGGGUUUUUAUGUGCUCUUGUGGUUUUAAAUAUCUUUGUUAAUCAGUAAAGCUGCGAGGAAUUUCGGAGAAGGGCAAAAUCGUUUGUCCCGAAAAACAGGCCGAUUGAGCCGAGUUGGCGAAUCAUGGCAGUGUAUUAGAUUGUGAGCUGUUGUGACCACUGUACAAAAUAACUGAACAGGAUAGGGCUUGUGGAAAAAUGUCAUUCAGAAGUGAUUGUCAGCUCCAAAUUCUUCCAGUUUUGGUGUGAUCAUCGCUAAGUCCUGUUCGGCUGAUGAUGUUUAAUUAAAUGUGAGUAAAACUAUUUUUUUU